AGAGCUGGACUGCAGUUCAUUUACAGCAAUACUUGUCGUUGCAAAUAAUGACAUAUUGCCUUUGGAUUGUGUUAUUUAACAUCUGGCAACCAAAUGUCCAGUACUCCUUAUAUUUGAGCCAACACAACUACAGAAGCCAGAUGUGCCUGUAAGCACAGACCCUGCGCCAUGAAAUCGAUGCUCCUGCUGUGGGUUUUGACAUGCAUGGCUGUGGUGUCUGGUCAGCCCAACUACAUCCCCGAUGAAGACUGGGUCAACAUGUAUAGACAGGGCUUCAACUUCCAGUGCCCCCACGGGGAAGUCGUCGUGGCCAUCAGGAGUUACUUCAGCAAAGAGGAGGGUUCGGACAGGCUUUGGACCUUUGAGUGCCAGCCUACCCCGGUUGGAAUGGGAGAGCCCACUGAGUGCUGGUGGGACGACAUCAACCGAGCUGGAAUGGAAUGGUACUCGACCUGCUCCGGGAAUGGGCUGGUGGCUGGAAUCCAAAGCCAGUACUUCGGUGAAGUCCUAGACCGCGAGUGGCAGUUUUACUGCUGUAGAUACAGUCGCAGAUGCCCUUAUUCAUGUUGGAUGACCAAUGAUGUCCCUUCGUACUACAAAGAAGAGGCAGAUAUGGUCAUUCAGAACUACGGCUACUUUAUCAGGGGGGCAGCCACUACAUUCAGCGGUGUUCUCAGAGAUCGAAAAUGGAAGUACAUUUUAUGCAGGAUGACAGAGUUCGACUGUGAUUUUGAAAACUUUUAGAAGCCUCCUCUUAUUAUAGACUUACAUUGUUGAAAUUGUUUCAGCAUGUAUUGGAAAUACAGUAUUUUUUCAGCCUUCAUGACAUACUAGAUUUCUAACAGUUGAAAUCAUCAGUUAAGUCCUGUUCUUGUAAUUUGAGUAUAAACACUAUCUGUAAUCUACGUUUUUUUUCCUCAUCUCAACAUCUGGCUCUGUUCUUUAAUCACCAAUAACAAAUAUGAGACGUUCGUUUUUUUUAACUCUUCACUUUAGUUAAAUGUCUUGGCCUUUUCAUGUAACUUUUCACUUGUUGUGCUCAGUGAAGUUCCUAUUGUUCACUACUUCCUGAACCUACCAGUAAAUCAAAUCAAUACAGCACUGCAUACUGUAUUGUCUCUACUUCAAAUUUCAAAACCCAGAGAAUGCUUUUAGACAAUGGACUUAUGGACAAAGGACAAAGCAGCUCUUCAAUAACCUAUAUAUGUUUUAAAAUAGUGGAUGUUAGAAUUAGUGGGACACUCAACUCCUUCAACCCAGAAAGCUGUGGAGUCCGUAGACACACAUUCAGAAAUUUGUACCUGCCCUGCUGAAAACAUUUUCCUCUUGCAGAGUAAGCCUUUUCCAUGGAGAUCUGCCAUUAUCAGUACAGUAUAGAGUUCUAAACACACUUCCUGUCAGUACUGUGCCAUAAUUUUGGAUUUUAUCCCUGUUAAGACCUUUAAACUAUUUAUCCAUAUGAAAAUAUAUACUUCAAAGCAUGAAAUCAAUAAUUAGUCUUUCAUAGGGACUAUAACUUUUUUAGUUAUUAUUUAGCAUUUACAGAUGAAAUACUUUGUGUAGCAUAAUACAUUUAAUAUACAAUAUGUCAUGGGACAAGACAAUUUCAAGUCCCGGCAAUUUCUCACACCCUUAAAAUUGUAAAUUAUGUGAUUACCAAACAGUUGUUAAUGUAUUUUGACAUAAUUCCACAUAAGUAGAUGUUUUUAAAAGCCCACUUUUUAUGAUAUGUUGUAAAGUAAAAUUACUUUCCUACUCUUUCUCAGUUACUUCUAAACUGAAUAUGCUUGUACAAGUUUAGGCUAAACAUUUUUUGUUAUGUUCUUUGGUCACAUUUCACACUUGAAAUCUCCCUUUCUUUAUACCUGUCUUGAUGAAUUACCUCAAUGCAAUUGUGUGUCUAUUCUAUAUUUUUCACUGCCUACCUUAUGUCAUCCUUGUAUUACUUUGUUGGUCUUCUAGAAAGAAAAAAACGUUUUUGAUGUAGUCUUCAGAAUUCCUGGCAGCCAUCAGUAAUAAAAAUGUUACUGUAA